UCGCGUUAGUUCUGUGACGGAUCCUCUGGCAAACCAGUUCAGUUCCGCAUUCGUCGUCGAAAAAAAUCCGAGACGAGUUGGAAGUUUGCUCUGGAACUGAUUAACCCUUUUGGGGCAACGUACUGCGGACAAAGAAGUGACGUCACCGCGUACUAACACUACAUGAGUGGUUGUUGAGCGACGCCAAUGCAAGAUUUUAAAAAACGCGCAUUACGGACGAGGUUGAUCGAUUUGGCCCCAAGCUGUCUGGUGCGACAAUCAAAUGGGACUCGUUCUGCAGAUUGUUUUAGUAAUUAUCGUCAUUCAUGUCUCCGUCGUGUACAACUGGCGCCAGGACAGACGUCCGCGUGUCAUGGGCGAUAAAAUUCCUUUUAAGGCCAUCUUCCCGAACAACCGCCGCAUCCAGAGGAGGAUCGUCAGGUACCACAACUCCUUCAGGACCAGGGUAAUACCCAAAGCCGCCAACAUGCUACGAAUGAAAUGGCACAAAGGCGCCUCUCAUGCUGCCCAGCGCUGGGCCCAGGAGUGCCUCUUUCUAGUCCAUGACAACAUCACCGGCCGCCACAUCGACAACUACGGCUCCUGCGGUCAGAACAUCUUCAUCGCCACGAAGAAAGUGCCAUGGUUGUUCGCCAUCAAGUCUUGGUUUUUGGAAAGAGAUAAUUUCACUUAUGGCGGGACGAACAACAACCUCCAUGUUGUAGGGCACUACACCCAGAUGGUGUGGGCCACCACGCAUGAGGUGGGUUGCGGUCUGUCCUACUGCCGCCUCCAGGAUACCGAGAAGACGUUCUACAACUACGUAUGCAACUACUGCCCGAUAGGUAACAAACCAGGGCAAUUGGGGAAGCCUUAUCGAAGAGGGAGGCCUUGCGGGAUGUGUAGGAAGAAUUGCCAUGCCAAGAGACUGUGUACCAAUACGUGUCACGCGGCUGACCUUUGGGUGAAUUGCAAGGACUUGUAUAAAGGAUGGCCGCUUUGGUUGUGUAGCACUGAUACCCCGAAGGGCAGGGAGCGAUCGAAAAACUGUAGGGCCACUUGUACAUGUAAAAAUAAAUUACACGAUUAAAAUGGG